AUGGAAAGCAUAGAGCUAAUACCUGAAGAAGAGACAAUAAAGUUCUUCGGAGAUGUGGACCUAGACCAUAUCUACAAAAGGGACGGUAUUAUAGAAGGUUACAAAGACGAACCCCUUCAAGUUACCUCCGAAGGUAGUCCCAUACAAGUCAAAUUAUACUCCCGAACCGGGAGACCCGUCACUAAACUCCAAGUCAACACAAACGAGACUGCGUUCAAAGGAAUCAACUCUUUCGUUGUCAAAAACGAAAAGGACGAAUCACUGUUCACUAUAACCGAUCCUGUAUUUACAUCUUUGAAAAACGGGAAAGGUCUCUCAUCGAGACGUAUCCAAACCAACAAAAUAAGGAGUCCCAGCGACGAAGACCUCAAAAUCGAAGGGGGGGACCUGAACUUAAAAGGGGCCGAAGGCACGAAAGUAGAAGGAAAAGAAAUAAUUUGGAGCGCCGGUCAGGACAUUUUCCUAAGCAGUAACGGUUCUAUUGUACUUAACGGACAUGAGGGGGUAUAUAUAGACAUUAACAGACUACCGAUAGCUCAACUAAGCAAUAACAGGUACCUGACCGGGCAGUUUAAAGUAUGCGUCUGUGUGCCUGGCGGAAAGCUGUUCAGAAUACCUAUAAUUAAUCCGAAUGAUAGGGUGUAUUGCCACCACGUUAAUAUGCAGCAUAAUAACCCUUGUAUAUAA